UAAAAACGUGCGCGAGCUUGAAGAGCAGAAAGCCCAAAAAGAGUCGGCAGAAAGGUUCCCCAACACACAUUUCACUAUCAGGACCAGACGCAUUCAAAAUGACGAGCAGCAGCCCCGCAAAGAUGUCGAACGGCACACCCGCCAAAGCAAGUGCAGAAGGAUGGUCCCCGGAAUCGUGGAAGGCCAAGAAGGUCUUGCAGGACGUCGCGUACGACAGCCCCGAGGAAGUGGAAAAGGUUCUGGCCAAACUCAGCCACCUUCCGCCUUUGGUGAGCUCGCAAGAGGUUGAUAAGCUGAGGCAGCAGCUCGCGGAGGUAGCCGAAAACAAGCGCUUCCUAUUGCAAGGGGGAGACUGUGCAGAACUGUUCGAUUAUUGCUCGCAGAACCCAAUCGAGAACAAAUUGAAGGUCCUACUACAAAUGUCGCUGAUCUUGGUUUGGGGUGGACGCACUGCUGUGACGCGGAUAGCGCGAAUGGGCGGGCAAUAUGCCAAACCUCGGUCAAAGCCCACGGAGAUGAUCAAUGGCGUGGAAUACAACGCUUUCCGAGGAGACAAUGUGAACGGGAUUGAUCUUGCAGACCGCAGGCCUGAUCCGCAGCGGCUGCUGGGCGCGUACUUCCAUUCGGCCGCGACGAUGAACUAUGUUCGCGCUCUGCUCUCCAGCGGAUUCGCGGAUUUACAUCACCCAGAAGUCUGGAAUCUUGAUUCCUGGAACUUCUCUCAUGUCGAGAACCCGGCUGUGAGAGCAGAGUACCAAGCGAUCGUCAACAGACUGCAGGACUCUCUGGACUUUAUGAGGACUAUUGGCGCUGAUGAUGCUUCGAAGGAGGCUAUCAAAACGGUUGAUUUAUUCAUGUCUCACGAGGGAUUGUUGCUCGACUACGAGACACAAUUGACACGAAAGGUCGGCGAGAAGCACUACAACCUCGGAACCCAUUACCUUUGGAUUGGGGACCGUACGAGACAGCUUGACGGAGGACAUGUCGAAUACUUCCGUGGGUUACAAAAUCCAAUCGGCGUGAAAGUUGGUCCUUCCAUGAAGCCAGAGGAGCUCGGUCCUUUACUUAAUAUCUUGGAUCCUAACUGUGAACCAGGCAAAGUCACCUUGAUCACACGGUACGGCCACGACAAGGUUGCAUUGUACCUUCCAGCGCACAUCAAGGCCGUGCAAGCAACGAGGCACAAGGUGGUUUGGUGCUGCGAUCCCAUGCAUGGAAACACGGAAUCCACCGCAUCCGGAUUGAAAACCCGCCGCUUUGACCAUAUCGUGGAGGAAUUAAGUAAAGCUUUUCGCGUGCACAAGGAGUGUAACUCGAUACUUGGCGGAGUUCAUUUCGAAUUGACGGGCGAUGCUGUGACGGAGACGAUUGGCGGUUCCAUGAACCUACUGGAAGAGGACCUGAGCAAGAACUACCAGACUUUCUGCGAUCCAAGGCUAAACUACGAACAGUCACUGGAUAUUGCGUUCAUGAUUGCGAAAUACUAUGUGUCCGAGCGCAGUCCACUCAAGAACUUGUGAUUAGUUUACACACAUCCUCUACCACUCUUCUCUCGCAUUCCGGCCUCAUCCCCAGAGACCGCACUCCAUAGCUCCGCAGUUACCUUACCUUAGUGUCUCGCGAACACUUUCUGUAUCUUGAACAUUGUAAAUUAUCUCAGUACUUCGCAUCUUUCUUACCUACUUCCUGAGUGCUAUGUUGGAUGUGGAUGACGUCG